UCAUCGGUUUUACUGACUACUGGUUCGAUUUGCUGCGCUCUGCUUUUGUCCCAAAAAAGAAAAGGUGUUAUCAGAAUCGUGAAAAACCAGUGAUAAGUUCAUACUGUUUUGCGUCGUUAACAUUAUAUUCAAGCUGAGUUUACUCGUCAGCUCGUGUUUGACGUUUAUCUUAUCGCAAAGCAAAGGGUGUUGGAAUCUUGCGCGCACACAGCUGCACAGAUCGGCAGAACAGUCUACACUGACGGCAGAAGUAGGCAGCGACGACAAGACGAAAAUUCGUCCGGUUCCUCAGUCAACGGGAGAACGUCAAAAAGAAAAGUGAAAUCGAAAUUUUGAGUGCGCGCACGAUCAGUGCCGGAUAGCGAAAACGACGACGGCGGUCGGGAACUCGUUGGGAAAUACUAAGUCAAAAAUUCUAGUUCCCCGUUCGAUUCGUGGACAUCCCCUGAGCGGAAUCAUGGCCAAGUACUACGAGAACACGACAACGUUCAACUAUUCCUGGGAACAGGUGACGCAGUGCUUCUGGAACCGGUACCCGAAUCCGUUCAGCGUGCACGUACUUUCCGAGGACACCGUCUGCCGGGAGAUCAAGAACGGAAAACUGCACAGCAAGCGGCUGCUGACCAAAACAAACCGGGUGCCGAAAUGGGGCGAGCGUUUCUUCAAGGCCAAGUCCGUCAACAUCCUUGAGGAAUCGGUGGUGGACCCGAAGGAGCGCGUGCUCGUCACCUACACGAGGAACAUCGGCUUCAACAAGAUCAUGAGUGUCGUCGAAAAGGUCACCUACCGAUCGUCACCGGACAACCCCGCCAAGACCAUCGCCACCCGAUCGGCGUGGAUCGAUUCGUCGGUAUUCGGUUUCGCCACCGCCAUCCGAGCGUUCGGGCUGGAUCGGUUCAAAAAGAACUGUCACAAAACGGCCAACGGUUUUAACUACGUGCUACAGCAUAUGUUUCCCGCCCAUCCGUCUUCACUGGCGGCCGUCCACAACCAACACCUGACGAAGGCCCAAAAGAUCAAGGAAGCCGCCAAGCACGCAUCGGACCACGUCAAGGCCCAAGCCGAACAGUUUGUGCAGAAUAUUUCCGUGAAAGGUUGAACCAAGCCCCCCUAGGGCGGAGAAGUUUGGAGACACCACACUCCGAGCUUCCUUGUCUCGACGCUCUCGCUAUGGAUUGGAGUAAGUAUGGAAUAAAACUUCCCUACCUUCUUUCCCCGUUGAUAUACCAUUUCUACGAUCGAUGGUGUGUAAUUUUAGAUAUCGUAGUAUUUCGCUGCUACCCAAGGCACGUUUCCAACGCUAAUGGUAGCCAAAAGUAUUUGAGCAACACUUGAAAAAUUCCCAAGAUUGCCGGGUUGAUUGCUUCUCACUUUCCCCUUUAAACCCUUUUUAAAACCUACUACACUUACUCACAAGGAAGACGACAAAUUUUAGUGCAUCAUUCCAAUAUCGAGAAACAACACGACACUAUUUAACAAGUUUAUAUGAUAUAAUAUGCAGUUGCUUAGAAGCAGAAACUGAAACGAGCAAGAGAGAGAAGCAAUAAGACAUCUUUACCGAUAAAGGUUUAGCUAACUUACUAACUUAAGAUACAGAUUUGCGGAAGGGAAUGAAUUAAAACAGUUUUCUGAACGUACGUUUCUGCUUUCUAAAUUAAAAUAAUGCUUACAACUCGACACUUUCGAAAGGAUUAUAGCAAACACAAAGUAGCGCUGCAAUAGCGUUGCGGUUCUAGCUGAAGUUUUUUAGAUUGUAGGCUGAGAGUCGUAAGCCGGAAUUUGCGUAGGUAGGCGCCAUCCAAACAGGUGAAAGUGAUAUCGCUCGAAAAAAAAAUGGAUGGUGGAAUGUUUAGGUUAGGUGAUAAGAAGAAGGUUGAGCUUUUUGUCGGCGUUCCGAGUUCACGUAGUUUGUCCAUUUGGUGCAUGUGAAUAGGGAUGGAUUGAUUGUAGAUAAUAAUAUAUUUUAUUUCGUUAUAGAA